AUGACGUUGCAGAGGGUUGAUGGAAAAGAAGCAAGGCUCGCAGACUACUUUGAUGUGAUUGCUGGAACAAGCACUGGUGGUCUAAUGACCGCAAUGCUAACUGCUCCUAAUGGAUGCAAUCGCCCCAAAUUUUCAGCCCAAGAAAUAUUAGAUUUCUAUAUGCUUAAAUCACCUAGCAUCUUUCGACAAAGACCCUGUCCGUAUUUAUUUGGCUCAAAUUGCGGCUGUUUCGGUAACCUUUGCGGGCCAAAGUAUGAUGGAAAGGUCCUCCACGAAGAGAUUGAGGAUAAUCUUGAAGGCAUAAAACUGCAUCAAACUCUAACCAAUGUUGUAAUCCCAGCUUUUGAUAUCGAGCUCCUUCAGCCCACUAUAUUUUCCUCAUUCGACACAAAAUCUGCUCCAUCGAAGGAUGCUUAUUUAUCAGACAUCUGCAUUGGCACCUCAGCUGCACCUGUUUACCUACCUGCUCACUACUUCAAUAACGAAGACUCCAAUUUCCUUCCUCAAGAGUUCAAUCUCAUCGACGGAGGAGUUGCAGCAAAUAACCCAACUUUGCUUGCCAUGAGUAUGGUGAGCAAGAACAUUUUCCAGCAAAGAGAAAAUUACUUCGAGACAGAACCAGCGGAAUACAAGAAUUUCCGCGUACUUUCACUUGGCACUGGAUUGGCCAAGCAACAGAAAUACCAUAGCGCAAAAGAAGUAGCAAAGUGGGGAAUGCUUCGAUGGCUCUGCAAUUGUUUUGUUGACAUGCCCAUCAUCAACAUAUAUUCAGAAGCAAGUACAGACAUGGUUGAUAUCAUGCUUUCAUUUCUCUUCAAAUCUCUGGAAAAAGAGGGCAAAUAUCUUCGCAUUCAGGAUGACACAUUGACGGGAGACGCUGCAUCUAUGGAUAUCGCAACAGGAGAGAACCUGAAAAAAUUGGAGAAGAUUGGAGAU